UGUGAGGCCCAUCCGAAGAUCACCUGAGUCGGGAACUGGUGCCGGCGCCGUUUAAGUUCAUCAUGUCUGCACUGUAACCAUAUUAUUUACCAAACCAACGUGCUAGUACUUACCACUCAGUACUGUUGUGACUUCACUAUCUUCAAAAAUCAACCGCGAUGGCCGCAAUUAGGGAUGGCCAAUGUAGACUAGUUCGACGUCUCAACUCUCGACCAGCGUGGCGCCAAGUCAUUACCCGUCCAGUGGCAUGUAGGGGUUUCUCCUCAACUGCACCACCACAUAGUACAGUCGGCGGGGUACGCGUUUCCAAGCUUUUCACAGCGCUACUCGUGCUUGGGAUCGGAGCGACUGGUCUUGGACUAUACGAGUUCUACACAUCCUUUACCCUUUGGCCAGAGCAGGUUCGCGGGGACCUCCGCGCAGGAAUAAAAGCGAGGAACCAAGGAGAUUUAUCGCUGAGCGAGAGAUACAUUACCCGCGCAUUCCAAACAGCACUGUCUCUUCCUUAUCAGACAUUCGCGCCAUAUCCAUAUCUAAAGCUAUCAGGCAUAGCCUCCCUCCUUUCCGAAGUCGCCUCAGACCGUCACUCUCGAGAGGCCCUGCAGAUAGCGUGGGAGCUAGGUGCCGGUCCGAGCGAACAACAUUCUCCCUUGCCAGAUGCAGAGAAGACGCCAAGUGCUGUGGUAGAAGGAGCACCUGGAUGGUCAUGCUACACCUUGUGCAAAGAGGAACGCCUUCGACGCGUAGCUCUUGCGUAUAAAUUGGGCCAAAUGGCAAGUGAACGGGACCUGGAUGAGGAGGAGAAAUGGCUCAUAUGGGCUGUAGAGGAGGUUUUGAGGCUAUCUGGACUUGGGAUGACAAACGCCAACUCGGAUGCGAACAUAAAAGCGCAAGAGAAUACAGGGUCUAGUGCACUAGAAGAUCUCGAACUUCCAUCUUGGAUGUCGAAGGCAGACCUUGGUGCUCCACUGGAGGCCCUUGGUGCCCUUUAUGCAAAGAAAGGUAGAAUUGAGUAUGCGAUGCCACUGUACCUUCAGGCGAUAUCCUUACUCUUGCCACCCAAAGAAAACAACGUAUCCGUUGAAGACCGAUGUCGAGACCACCAACAAGCCGCUCAACUCAUGAAUAAUCUUUCUGAAUUGAUAAUGCGUCGUCCUCCCACACCAGAAGUACGUGCGCAAGCUGAGGCGUGGGCACGUCAAGCGUUGGGAAUUAUUGAGCGAGCACAAGCGCAGCCAAAAAGCUCACAAUGGUUCGGAUGGGGACAGCCCGCUGAUGAUGGAAGGGAGGUUUGUGAGCAGGCGCUCGGCGUGGUGCUCUUCAAUUUGGGGAGCUUGAGAGAAAUGUCAUCCGACUUGGAUGGUGCAAAAAAAUUGUUCGAGAAGAGCGCCGAGCAAUGUAGCAAGAUGGGCAUUAGGGAGGGCGUUGUUGAAGCCCAGGAAGCAUUACGGAGGGUUGAGAAAAUGAAGAAGGUGGGUUGAUGUAAGUACCUGUGCUAUCUUUCCAUUAGGAACAUGUUUGCAUGGAUGUGGUCAGAUAUUAGUAGAUAUUACCACCAAAUUUUACACGCGCUGGAGCAUAGUAGGGGGUGAUGAAGAAAGAAUUUAACCGGGUCUGGA